AUAUUCAUCAACAAUCAACAGAGCAAAAGCUAACAGUGCCAGCCAUGUCACAGCUCUGGCGGCUCCUUGGCCAAGGUGCACAGCAGCAGCGGAUAUUUGCGAGCUUGUUGACUACGAAGACAAACACAAGAUGUUUCCUUUACGGCGGCAGCAAACUGGCCACAGCUCAGGGGACGAUAACGGCAGCCGCCACGCGCCACAGAAGCCUUUGCCAAAAGUCCGCACAGCCAACUCCAGCCUGCAAUGCAUCCAACAUGGGGCUGUUCGCCAGGUUCAGGCACAUGUAUAAAAAAUAUUGGUAUGUCCUCAUUCCUGUGCAUUGGGUGACAUCGGCUUGCUGGCUGGUCGGCUUCUACUUUCUAGCCAAAAGCGGUGUGGAUGUGCCCGCGCUGCUGCAGUAUGCGCAUCUGAGCGAGAAUAUCAUUGAGAAGGUGCAGUCCUCCGACAAGGGACACUAUGCCAUCGCCUAUCUGUGCUACAAGGUGGUAACGCCACUGCGUUACGCAGUCACAUUGGGCACCACGACAUUGUCGAUCAAGUAUCUGGUGGCACGGGGCUACAUCAAGCCGGUUCCGACCAAGAAAGAACUGCUUAAGAUGUACGAGGAGAAAAAGGCAACGCGAAGCGCCAAGGCGGACAAUUCCGAGAAGGAUGGGAAAAAAUGA